AUGGUAGCAUUAGAAAAGGAUGGUAGUAAUGCUGACAUUGCUUUUAUUUGCAAGGACUGUAAGAUAGAUUAUGAUAAUAAUGUUCUUCCUCAAUGUGAAAAAUGUGAUAGGUUAAUGAGAAAUAAGAGUUUGUGUUAUUGUCACAAAAUAGAGAAAAAGACAACCACACCCACCAAAAGUGAGUUAAUUUCUCAAUCUUUUAGUUAUCAUCUAGAAAAGAAAACUAGAGAACUCGAAAAAGAACUAUCAACUGCUAAAGAGGAUUUAAACAUUGAAAGAGAAGAAAUAACCAAGUUUCAUGAGAAAUCAGAAGAAUGGAGUAAAAGACAGAAACAAGAGCUUUUGGAUAGGAUAAAAGAACUUGAAACUGAAUUAGAAGGGAUGAAAAAAUUAACUCCACAAGAACUAGUAGAUAAGCUAAAUGCUAAGGAAGAAGAAAUCAAUAAAUUAAAGGUUCAAUUAGCUCAAUUACAGCAGCAAAAUG